CCAGAGGAUGAAACUAUUCAGCUGCAGUGGUUAGAAUAUGAACUGAUCAACUGGGAUCUAGUUGCCCAAAACAAGUGCUUAGUGAAUGCAUACUGUAUUCGUAAGGGCUUUAUUCGAAAAGCACAAUUAUCUUAUAACGUUACAAAAUAUCUUUCCAAGAACCCAGACAGUAUCUUGAAAAAGGCGAUCCCUGAAACUUGGCAAUUUGAGUUGGAUCAUGUGGAUUACUUUGAGGAAGCAAUGAAUGAAGUAUUUGAAGUAGAAAGAGAUUUAGAAGAAGGAGGGCAUGCGUUCAUCAUUAAGCCUAGUCUUGCCAAUAAAGCAGCAGGGAUUAAGGUGUUCAAUACCCUGGAACAGCUUCGUAACAUGUUUGAAGAGAUAGAAGAGGACUAUGAUGAAGACGACGAUAAAGAGGAUAUCAGCCAGAUAAGAGAAUGGGUCAUACAAAGAUAUAUCGACAAACCAUUGCUGGUGAAUAAGCGCAAGUUUCAUGUUCGAGCCUACGUGUUGGCCAAAUCAAACAUUGAAGUCUAUCUUUACCGAGACAUGCUAGCACUAUUUGCAUUGAAGGAAUAUGACUUGAGCCAAUUAGAAGAUAACUUGAUUCACUUGACAAACACUUGCAUUCAAACAGAAGAAAAAGAAUUUAUUGAAGAUGAAUCUGUCAAAUUAUUUUGGGAGUUGGAAGAAAUCAAAGACAAAGAAAAAAUAUUUAAGCAAAUGAAGGAUAUUUUGGCAGACAUCUUUGAUGCUUGUACCAGUGAGAUGACAACAUUUCAAGCUAUCCCCAAUGCAUUUGAACUGUUUGGUAUUGAUUUUUUGAUUGAUCAAGACUAUAACGUUUACUUUUUAGAAGCUAAUGCGUUCCCUGACUUUAAGCAAACAGGUCAUCGGUUACAACAUAUCAUUCAAGAGUUAUUUGACGCCACAACAAGGGUAGCCAUAGAACCAUACUUUACAAAUGAAGAAUAUCAAGAU